GCCCCCCGAGCUCAUCACCGAGGGCAUCCUCACCAAGGCCGCAGACGUGUACGCCUUUGGGGUCAUCACCUGGGAGAUGUACGUGGGGCGGCGCGCCUGGGAGGGGCUCAAGCCCACAGAGGUCCUGCGCAAGGUCGCCUCCGACACCCGCCUGCCCUUCCCGCCCCAGACGCCGCACCGGCUCAAGGUGCUGGGCGAGCGGUGCAUGGAGUAUGUGCCGUCCUCCCGGCCCACCAUGGAGGAAGUGCUGUCAGAGGUGAACAGCAUACUCAGCGACACGAUGGGCAUUCUGCAGCAGUUCCUGGCAGCUUCCUCGGCAGCUGCCACGGGAGGGGGCGGGCCGCGCGACGUGCUGGGCGGUACACUGGCGUCCCGCCUGGCGCCCUCUGACCCCUUCGUUGAGGGUGGCUGA